CACUCAAAAGACCCCUUCUUCUCUGCCGUUGUGCUUUUCCUUUACCUCUGCUGACUCUUGAGUUGUGAUAGUUUCACGUCCAACUGGGCCCCCUUCUUCAAUUCUGAAGGCAAGCUUGAACCCGAUGUAACCGUCGAGGUGUCAUGUGGCAUCUGCAGCGCCGAACUUGCCAUCACCCACGCCUCUGACCACUAUUACGAACCCUGCUCAAUGCUUCCGUGUGGCCAUGUCUUCGGUCUGCAAUGUCUUCAGGAAUGGUUUCGUCACUCGGCAAGCUGCCCCGUCUGCCGCAAGGAAUGGCGCCACAGUGCCUGCUAUCACCCCAUCAAGCUCCAAGCGGUUCAAGGCGGACCAGACUUCAGCCUCCACAAUCUCCCGCCUGUCCAUGAGGUUGGCGAACUCCCGGCCUGCUGUGCUGCUUGUGGUGCAACUGGUUACGGAAACACUAUGGUAGAUGAUCCCCAACUCGCACGGGACCUUCGCCGCCUCCAUGUCUGGGAGGAGAUGGAAACACGAUUGCUGCAAAGUGCACAAGAGCUAUCACGCCAUAUCGAUAGGCUCCAAGAAUACACCCUCCAGAUGAAUCAGCUGCAACAAGUUCACGACUUGAGACCUCACGUCACUCCCGAAAUGGCUGCUGUCCUGGCUAGCUCCAACAGCUCUGGCAAUGGAGCUGGCAUUGCUGCCCCAGCCCCAUCUCCAGCUGGUCGCCCUAUUCAUCGCCUGCGCAGAACAGCUCGCUCUAAUGCUUUCCCAGCACUGCACCCAAACAAUCCAAUCCUCGGUCUACAAGAACCUCUGCUUAAUAUUGAUGAUGUGUCUCCAACUGGGGUGGCUCCUGUUCGCCCCCAUGCAGCACGUCAGGACACCAUGAAUGAGAAUCGAACAUGGGGUGGUAGGCCCAUCCGCCCUUUCGAUCGUAACGCCUAUCGAGGCAAUCGUCCUCAUGCACCUGCUCGCUGUCCCCAUGGCAGUCGUAGACCCGAGCCCCAGUACGAAUCUCAGUAUUCACGACACCUAGAGGAGGAGCUGCUGUCGCGAUUCCGCGACAUGACUUUACGGGAACGUCGGAACGGACCUGGUCCCAAUGAACAUCUCCUUGGACAAGUCGUGCAAACCGACCAGGCCCCAGCACCCUUUCACGUCCACCCCGAUGCUCGCAGAACCCGCAAUAACCUCCGUAUCCGAAACCAAGCGCAGUAUCUCGCCCAACCUGGUGCUCGCGGGGCUCUCAAUUACUCCACCCGUCUCUACCCUUGAGAGCUCAGCUCAGAUGACUCUGCUUGCUCUGUGCUUAGACC